AUGUUCUCCACGAGCAAGACCAAAGAAGCAGCAGUAGUAAAGCUGCCCCUAAUCCACAAGGUAAACCCUCCGCACUCCAGCCACUAUUGUAUUUCCUUGAGCCAUGUUUCACAACAGGGUACAGCACGGCAAGCUACUGUACCCACCACUCUGCAGCAUCUAGAACCAACUGCCGGCCCCGCCGACUUCCACAAUUAUCCGAAUUGGGCCCUCCGUAGAAAGGAUCUGGAUCUGACAGCUCACGGGCUGAAGCUGAGUUGCCCGAGAUCGUCGAUUAGUAUAUUCCAGGGCCCUGGCCUUCGGCCGAAGAUUCGGGAUUCAUCAAUCACUGCUUCCACGAAUCCUUGGCUGCUAUCGCCCAGGGUCUGCAGUGUGGGUUGGUUGUACUACUACUACUUCAUGAGUAUGCACAGAUGCCCCCUUCAAACACCGCCCCCAACCAUCAGCCCUGGAGGAUUUAACUAUGGCGAGGGUGCAUGUACAGUUCCUAGUAUCCUCUGGAACUGA